CAUACCAUUUAAGCGAAGUGUUUGGAAACGAGAAGUUGGAUCGAUCACAUGGUUUUAUUUAUUUUACUUGUUAAUCUCUACACUCGCCGCUCGCAAAGACAAUGCCUUCGAUUCAAAGUUUAACGUUGACUUGUGACGCGCUGAAUGAGCAGGGGACGUUUUCGGAGGGUGACACUAUCUCUGGAAAAGUAACCCUGGCCUUGUUAAAGCAGAUCACAGUAGAUAGCUUUUUCAUUAAAGCAACAGGAGACGCAAACGUACAUUGGACGACAAAGAGCGGCGAUAAGACCCAUUCACACUCUGCUCAUAAAAGAUAUUUCAAACUAAAGCAGUUUUUAUUCCAAGAGGCCUCCAAGGACACUGUACUUCCCCAAGGAAUCCAUGUCUACAAAUUCAGCUUAAAGAUUCCACAAGGAAGCGUGCCUUCAUCCUUCAAGGGACCUCAUGGAAAGAUUGUCUACAAGCUGGAAGCCAAGCUGUCCAGGAGUUGGAGGAUGGACCAGACAGUGGAACAGAAAAUACUGUUUGUCUCCAGGUGUUAUCCCAACCUUCAUUCUCUGAUGUUGCCCCAAAUUGGUUCAACAAAGAAAGAGAUGGGACUUUUCUCCAAAGGACAAGCAGACAUGGAAGUCACGAUUGACAGGAUGGCCUACGCCCCAGGUGAAACUAUCACAGUUUUGGCCAAAAUAAACAAUUCCUCGUCCAGUGAGAUGACACCCAAAUUCCAUUUGGGCAAGAAGGUGAUCUACCGUGCCAGCGGUAGUACCAAACAUGAGGAGUGCACUAUCAUCAAAGUGGUCGAAAACCGUAUUCAAGCCCAUACAGAGCUGGAAGUCAGGUGUAGAAUGAAGAUUCCUCUCGAUCAGAUAACAACUAUCCAGAAUUGUGACAUCCUCUCAGUGGAAUAUCAUUUAAAGGUGUAUCUGGACAUCAGAUUUGCCUUCGAUCCAGAGGUCCUCUUCCCAUUGGUCGUUGUUCCUUUAGGCUUUGCUCCUGUCCCUCAGCCUGGUGUGGCUGCAGGUCCUUAUCCAGCGGGAGCUGUUGGGGGCCCAAGCAACAGCGACUUCCCUCCUCCUGCAGUGUCCAGGCAUCCUUAUCCUGUCUCCCCAUCCUCAGGCAGUUCUGGAAACCCAGGAGCCCCAAUGUAUUCAGCACCACCACCACCUGUGUACCCAGGUAACCCAAUGGUGUUUCCUUGUCCACCAAGUGUUUACCCUGCUCAGCCGGCACAUGUGAGUGGGGGCUACAACAACCAAGUACCUGAGAUACCUUUUCCGUAUGGAACUCCAUUUUCAUCUUCUGUGAUUCACCCUCCGCCAUCUGCCCCAACAUUUCAAACACCCCCAGCUGCCCCAGCGAUCCACCUACCCCCAUCUCUUCCAGUGAUCCACCCACCCCCAUCUCUCGCAGAGUUCAACCUACCCCCUUCUUAUUCACCCUUCAAUGUAUCCCCAACGGCUCCAUCGUACAACCUGGGGCCUUCUGCACCAAUGAUGAACACAGACUUCCUGGGUCAAUCGGAUGAAGCUCCUCCAGCAUAUACACUCCUUUUCCCCUCCACUACUACUGACAAAUCAGUUGCAAAAUAAUAGUAUGAUUGCUCGAUGACUGGAUUGUUUUUUUUUUAAAACUAAUAGAUAGUUCAAAUGUUUAAUCCGGUUACCUAAUUCGUGUCUUUAUUUUUGUUGUUGAUUACUAAGCAUGAAUGUGAGAUUGAAAAGGCAUUGUGUGCAACAUUAACUUUUUGCAUGUAAAAAAGUAUACCCAAAAUAUCACUUAUGCAUUGUAUGUGAUGGUUGUGUGAUGGUCAAUUCAGAAUGAUCAUUAGUGUUGCCAGCUGCUAACAUAAUUACUUCAGUAUUGACUGUGUAUUUCACGUGCCUUGUUUAACUCAGGUGUCUUUAACUGAUCAAUCUUUCAGUUGUAUUGUUUAUAGGCUACAGUGUUUCCCUUAGGUUUACUGCCUUGGCAGGGUGCUGCCGAAACUUUUUGGGACACCCAAAAAAAAUGUAUCCUCUGGAGCAGAGAGAGGAGCUGUGGAUUAUUGUUAUUGAUAUCGUACAGUAACCAAGUAUUUGUACAUUAAAAAGUAAUAAAGUACAGUGUUACACUGUACUGUAUUACUUUUAUUCAAACUGUAUUCCCUUCUUAUCAUGUAGCCUACACUUCUUCCUUUCAUUGAUACAUUUAAAUCACCUGACUGUUGGGUAUUUCUAUAUUACUUUGUAAGAGUAAACCCCAGCUCGGUUCAAAUAUACCAAAACCCAGUGAACAAAGAUAACAGUACUCGAGUUUCAAGUUUACUUGCUGCAAGGAGAAUCAGCGAGUGACAGGUCAUGUCAACUCCAAAACCAACUCUGCUCCUCUUCUCUCAGUGCAGUCUCUUUAUUACAAAAAUACAGUUACAAAUCAUGCAUGAGGAAGUGUAUGUAACCAACGGCUUUAUUUGUCAAUGGGAGUCUUGUGACUCGCAAUCAUGUGUGUGUGUGUGUGUAUGGUCCACAGAAAAGGGGAACAGACUAUUCUCUGUUCCUCUUUUCUGACUAUGGUCUCUUUACAACAUAAAAUGACAACAUAUUAUGAAAACACGUUUAUCCUUCAAUAAACUCUAACA